UCUAAAAUCAGAUACCUCACCCUCUAUAGUUUUUAUUGCUUUUAACACACAUGGACAUAAGACAAUAUACCCAGUUUCUAAUUAAUGUCCCAACAUAAUUUCCCAUUUCCCAAACAUACCCAUUUCCUCCACUUUUCUUUCUCAUUCCAUUCCCAAUCAUCCCAAUAGAAAGAAAAAAAAAAACAAAAAAAACAAAAAAAAUGCAGUCCAUGUUCAACCUCCAAACCACUUUUGGUCUUCCUCUCUGUGUUUCAGGGAUCACCCACCGUCUCACUUUUUCUCAGGAGAUGGCAGAUCAUGAUCUCAGAAGGGAAGCCAUGAAAAAACAGAGAUCAAGAAGCAGGGAGGGAGUGCAUGCAAAUCAGGAGAUGGGAAGUCAGAGAAAUUGUGAUAGGGUGAUGGAGGAGCUCAGAAAAGGUGAGGUUGAUGAAGAUCUAGCUUCUGGACCCCAUGAUCUCUCCUAUACUUGUUCGGCUUGUACAGCAAAAGCUGCAUAGAUUGUCAAAAAUUAAAAAAAUUAAAAAUUUAAUUAUGUUUUGGAAAUGCUUUUGGGGAAUUAUUAUUAUUAUUAUUAUUAUUUUAAUAUAUUUGUAGUUCCUGUCCUUUUGUCUUUUUGACAUGUUAAUCUUGCUUUAAUCUACACUGUUUCUUCUUC